AUGGCCGCAGUUGAAGAGUGCUUCUCCUGCCAAAUCGAGACGAAAUACACUUGUUUAAAUUGCAAAACGUUUGUUUGUAUGAGAUGUUGUUAUUUUGAAGAAGACGAUGAGACUCUGGGAUGGAAAGAAGGACGAUGUGUUGGUCGUUGUGACGAUUGUUUUCGCGAAAAGGUCAAGGCCUUUAAUGCACGGUCGUCUUGUACCAGUAUAAACAACAAUUCAAGUAUUGUCUUCUCUCAAUCGUCUUGUCGUUCAAGCGUUCAAAGUGAAGAAUCGACAAGUACGACAAAUAAUUCAUCAGGGAGGUAUGUACUCGUAAAACAUACAGAAACUACUGAGUGAUUUCUUAGAUUCAUUGAGUAUGAGUUUUAACUAUUGUUUAUACUAGGGUAGUAUAUACUACCAGAAAACUACCAGUGUACCACUAGGAUGUGAUAAAGUUCUCAUGUAAGUCGUGUUUUUUAUUGAACAUAUAACUGCAAGCAUCUAUGCCACAAAGGAUGUUUAAAUUUGCUACUCAGAUUAGGGCCAACUCCAUAUUCAUGAACAUUGCCAGGGUGGACUUUAUGCACCUAUCAAUUUUAAGCCCCAGAGGGGUGGGAGGGGGUCGGGCAUAGGUGGGGCAUUUGAUUUUUUGAGCAAAUUUUCAAUCAAAUGCCCCACCGUCAGGCAAUAAAUAUUGGUCAAAUGCCCCACCAUUUUGCAAUAAAUUGCAAUAAAUACUAUCUUAAUAAAAGUCAUUCGGUUCAAAUUGCCCCAACUCGGGGCCAAAAUGCUGAUCAUGCAAUUGAUGAUCAAAUACCCCACAUAUGCCUGCCCUCUGGGGGUUAACAUUGAUAGGUGCAUUAGGGUUGGGCGAUAUUUCGAUAUUUUGCUUUUCGAAGGUAGAAACUUGAGCCGCUGAUAUAUCGAAAUUAUCACCAUGCUUGAUGACUAUCGUGAUAUUUUAUAUAAUCCUAAAAAAAUUCAUUCAAUUCCUAGAAAAUAUAGUUUUUAAAAAAAUUAAAACUACUUCCUGAAUUAAAUAUGAAUUUAAAGCUAAUAUUUAUAUUUAUCCACUCAACAAUGAAAUUGCAGGACACUCAACAAUGAAAUUGUGCCAGCAGAGACACAGUAGACACUGCAUAGACAGUUCAGAUUUAUUAGACUAGAAAAAGCAUUCAUGUUACUUUAAUUUGUUGUUUUACUUGUUUUUAAUAAGAUUAUAUACCAGGGUGGAUUCCAUGUUACUCUCAUGCCGGAUAUACACCAUAACAUUUACAAUUACAUGCCAAGGUCGUUUACUAAUUGUUUUUCUUGGCCGCUGUUGACGCCGAGAGAAAAUGGCGGGAAAAAGAAAACCAUUCAGUAUCAGUAUUGAGCAACUUUAAAACGGUUUAAACUCAGAAAAUGUUCUUAUGUCAUGCACAUUUGUCAACACUUAAUCACUAAUUCAAUCAGUUACCAUGCAAAUCAAAUAGGUUAAAUCAAAUAGAAUCAUGUUAAAUCAAACUAAAGUUAUGAUCACAAACAUUCAGGUUCAGAGGACGGCACAAUAAAAAUCCAUACAAAACGAAUAGAGUUCAGCGAUAUUAUAUCGAAAAACACAGAAAAGUUCAAGCGCAUGCGCAAUGAAAUAUAAUAAAAUACGUCCCACAAUUACAGCGUGUAAGAUUUGUAACAUAGUUAAAUACGAAAUUCGUUGUAAUCAUAGACGGAUUUUGUGGGGGUGCAGGGGGGUAUAACCCCCCCAAACAAAAUGUCCACCCCUCCAAAAAAAAUUUCAACCCCCCUCCCCCAAUAUUCGGCAUAAUAAAAAAUAAUUAAAUAGUCCACUCCAACGUGCAGAGUGUUGAUGAUACAAAAUAAACGUAGGAGUACACUCAAAUAGAAAACGACAGUGCAACACUCUGAAACUAAUCGCUCCUCGCUUGCAUUCACUGGUUUAUUGGAGCAAUUGUAAAGUUUUGAAACUCUAUUAUCUCCCCUGAAUAGAGUUUGCAGUACCUUGUCAUGCAAAUAGCUUGCUUGCAAGGAACGCUUUGAAUUUUUACGAAUAUUAUUUUUAGUUUUUAAUUCUUUUAGGAAAUAGACUUGCCUAGAUUUAAUCUUUACGCCCCAAAUAUUAUUUACAUCUGAGUUGCAUCAUAAAUUGUACUUGGAUUCAAACAACACAAUGUCAAUGACUUUAUAAAAGUAAAAGCAUAUUGUGUAUUGACCUAUUGGGUUUACACUUUUACAGGUUCAUUUAACUUUAACUCUCUCAAGUUUCAACAGACAAUCGGACAUGCCAAAUCCAUUGAUAUGACAACUUCAAAAAACUUUUUUCGAAGCUAGAAAUCAUGAUUUUUCAAAUUUUUCCUGAGAUAUUUUGUUUUCUGCUCUCUAGACUCCCCCUCGCGGCUCUAGUGCUCCACCCCUAGGAUAUAGACCUUACUGGGGUUUGGUGACACUGUGUUGCUUCAGUCACCUGCUCACGGCUCACCCCCCUAAAAUUUCUGGCACCACCCCAGUAAAAAAUAUGAAAAUCUGUCUAUGGUUCUAAUUAACAUUGUGUUGAAUUGGUCCUAAUCAGCGUGAGCGUGUUUUAGCUAAAUUGCACAAUCCUGAGCCCACGAUGCCGCAAUGCAAAGUCACACUUGCGUAUUGCGACAACCAAAAAACCCCCGAAAAAUACAGCAUUUUCAGCAAGGGCAUUCUAUGACACUGGCUGCGGUUUAAAUAUAUUAGUGCAAUAGUGGUGAAAAGUACAACUGUUUUUUUCUAUUAAUAUAAUUAAUACUGUCGUUGUUGAAUUUUUGUAUUCCGCCGACGUGCUGCAAAAAUUUCACGCCAACACACUGAGGUGCUGAUGAGCCAACAUAGUGACAAAGGGCGAAGUUACGCCAAUACGCCGAUAUAGCUCCACGCCGGAUAUCUUCGGCAAAGUAUACAUGGAAUCCACCCUGGAUUAUAUAUAAGCUUACUAUGCUUUGAUAUUAAUUAAAAUUGAAAAAUUUGGUCAUUGUUUUUAUUGCAUUUAUCGCAAUACUAUCGAAUAUCGUGAUAAUUUCGUUGACAAUAAUCAGGAGAUGAUUUUAUUAAUAUCGCCCAACCCUAGUGGAUUUUUAUGUUAACCCAAAGUUAUCUUGAUGGCAAACUGGAUAGUCUAGUCUAGAUAUAUUGUGCAGGGAGUUAAGGGGUAUUCCGGCAUAUCUUUACAAGCUAUAGUUUUGGAAAGCCUUUCAAAAUAUGCAUGCAAUGUAAUAUAACUUGUAGAAAAUUCUUGUUCUUUCACAAGAAUAUACAAGUAAGUAAGUUGUAAAAUAAUAUUUUCAAACUCGCCUAACUAAAAGUGCCAUUUUAGUGUCAUUAUCUUUAGUGGGUGCCAGGUUAAAAUGCUUUUUUCUCAUAGAAAACAAGAUGUUGAGGCAAUAAGUGACACCAAUAUAUCAGGUGAUGAUGAUAGUGAUAUAGAAGAAGAUGAGAUUAUACAAACUAAGAAGAAAAAGAAAUCUGGACGGAAGUCAUCGUGGAAUCCUGAAGAUAUAGAUGACCUAGUUGAUAUUGUGGUGAACAGUGAUUACUAUCAACGAAAGCUCAUUUUUACCAAUACAAAGUGUCAAAGGAAUGCCCAAAUUUAUGAAGAAAUUCUAAAAGAACUGAAACGUAGAGCUUCUGAAAGGGGAACUGAGUUAAAGUUCACUGCAAACAAUUAAGAACAAAAUUUAAAAAAUGCAUAAGUGAUUGUAAACAAGCUGCACUUCCAGGAAAAUCGUGGGCUUGGAGACUGGUUUAAAGCAUUAUUUCCAUUAGUUAAAUCAAGAGAUUCCUGUCAACCUGAUCAGGCCAUUGAGCCUGAUUGCUCAAAACAGUCUCCCAAUUCUGAAGAAAUUACCAAUUCAGAGACAUUAGUUGAUCAAGAUAUAUCGAAGGAUUCAAAGAGAAAAGAUGAAAGAAACGUUUUCGUUCCAGUGAAGAAAAGUAAGAAGGAGGAUUCAAAGAAGAAGAUGGAUGCUGCUGUUUUGGAAUCAAUAGGACUUUUAAAAGAAGUUGUGAAUAAUGAUACUUCAAAAGACAUUAUUAGCUUCUUACGGGAAGAAAUGGAUAAAUCUCGGGAACAUGAGUUGAAACUAAUUCAGAUGUUGAGUUCUGGAGGAAGUGCUACUCAACAACAGCAACAGCAACAGCAUGCCUUUCAAUCAAUGCCUAAUUCUGGGAAUACACAAUAUAUUGAAAAUGGGUCAAUUGCAAACUAUAGUCAAAACUGGCAUGGAAGUGGAACAUUUGCCCAUAACAUGUUAAGUCAACCAGAAAUGCCUCAUGCAUCAUUUGGUCCAUUCACUCCUUCAUCUAACAUGCCAUCAACUUCAGCUCAAAACUUUUGUGAUGGAAAAGUAUACCAUAAAUUGUAA